AGAAGGAAGGAAGUAUGCAUGCAGAAGAAAGCAUGCAAGCAAGAAGCAAGCAGGAAAGCAAGCAAGAGAGAGAAUGGAGGAGAAGCAAAGGAGGAGAGAGACAGAAAAGGAAGCAAGCAAGGGCUGGAAGCCAGUCAGUGUGCGGGGAGCUGUCUCGGGCUGUGCUGGGGUGGGUGUCGGCGCCGUGUCCGUGGUGUGUCCCGCGAGUGGCGGGGCUGUCCUGUCCCGCGCGGCGGUGUCGGUGUCGCUGUCGUGCUGUCGGCGGCGGGCGCGAGUGAGGCGUCGGAGCACACGGUGUCGCUGCAGGCUCAGGAACGGCGCGGGAGCGGCGGGAGGGCGGCUCCGCCCCGGGGCGGCGGGAAGGGCGGCUGUGCGCGCGGGGGGAGCGGCGCGGGGCGGGCAGGAGAGCGGCGGCGGCGGCGUUGGGAGCCGUGCGGGGCGCGGGCGGCGGCGGCGGCCAUGGUGGUGUGCGUGCGGGCCGUGGUGCGGGUGCUGGUGCUGCAGGCGGCCUGGGCGCUGGGCGGCGGGCAGGUGCGCUACUCGGUGCCGGAGGAAGCCAAGGGCGGCACGGUGGUGGGGCGGCUGGCGCAGGACCUGGGCCUGGAGGCGGGCGAGGCGGAGGCGCGGCGGCUGCGGCUGGUGGCGCAGGGCCGGCGGGCGAGCGUGGAGGUGAGCGGGGCGAGCGGGGCGCUGGUGGUGAGCUCGCGGCUGGACCGGGAGGAGCUGUGCGGGAAGAGCGCGCCCUGCGCCCUGCGCCUGGAGGUGCUGCUGGAGCGGCCGCUGCGCGUCUUCCACGUGGAGGUGGAGGUCACCGACAUCAACGACAAUGCGCCGCUCUUCCCCGCCGCUCUGGUAAACCUCAGUUUAUCGGAAAACUCGCCUCCCGGUUCCCGCUUCCCGCUGGAGGGCGCGUCGGAUGCGGAUAUCGGAGCCAACGCGCAGCUCUCCUAUACCAUCAGCCCCAGCGAGCACUUCGCUCUGGACGUGAAAUCUUCAGAUGAAAAUAUGAAGUCGCUGUUCUUGGUGCUGACGAAAGGUCUGGACCGCGAAUCGAUGCCCGAGCACCGUCUGGUGCUGACGGCGACUGAUGGGGGCCGGCCGGCACUGACAGGCACGGUGGAGCUGUUGGUGUCGGUGCUGGAUGCGAACGACAACGAGCCCCAGUUCAACCAGUCGGUGUAUAAAGUGCGGCUGCUGGAGAACGCGACAGAGGGAACGUUGGUGGCUCAAGUAGGAGCCACCGACCCGGACGAGGGAAUUAAUCAGGAAUUUUCUUUCAGCAUCGUCAGUUUAGUUCCUGCUACCAAGAGAGAUAUCUUUAGCAUUGAUGCACAAACGGGGGAGAUCCGUCUGCGAGGCCCCCUGGACUUUGAAGAAGUGCGGUUAUAUGAGUUGCAAAUCGCGGCGAGAGACAUGGGAGUUCCGCCUUUAUCAGGGCACUGCAGCGUGAUGCUAGAGGUGCUGGACGUGAACGACAACGCGCCCGAGGUGCGGGUGACGUCGCUGUCGGUGCCGGUGCCCGAGGACGCGUCGGUGGGGACGGUGGUGGCGCUGCUGAGCGUGUCGGACCGGGACUCGGGGACGAACGGGCGGGUGCGCUGCGCGGUGUGGCCGCCGGCGCCGUUCGGGCUGGUGGCGACGUUCGCGGGCUCGUACUCGCUGGUGCUGCGGGAGGCGCUGGACCGGGAGCGGGUGUCGGAGUACGAGGUGGAGGUGCGGGCGGAGGACGGCGGGGCGCCGCCGCUGCGCGCCAGCCGCGGGCUGCGGGUGCCGGUGUCGGACGUGAACGACAACGCGCCGGCGUUCGCGCAGGCCGUGUACACGGUGCUGGCGCGGGAGAACAACGCGGCGGGCGCGGAGCUGGCGCGGCUGUGGGCGCGGGACCCGGACGAGGCGGGCAACGGGCGCGUGAGCUACUCGGUGGCGGAGGGCGGCGGGGGCGCGGGGUCGGGCGCGGGGUCGGGGUCGGGGUGGCGUCCGGCGUCGAGCUACGUGUCGGUGGACGCGGAGAGCGGGCGUCUGUGGGCGCUGCGGCCCCUGGACUACGAGGAGCUGCAGGUGCUGCAGUUCGAGGUGCGUGCGGUGGACGCGGGCGAGCCGCCGCUGUGCGGCAACGCCACGGUGCAGCUGUUCGUGGUGGACGAGAACGACAACGCGCCGGCGCUGCUGCCGCCUGCCGGCGGCGGGCCGGAGCCCUGGGCUGCGGGCGAGGCGUCGGCGUCGGCGUCGGCGCCGGGGUCGCUGUGGGCGUGGGCGGCGUGGGGGGCGCCGGCGGGGCAGGUGGUGGCGAAGAUCCGCGCGGUGGACGCGGACUCGGGCUACAACGCGUGGCUGCGCUACGAGCUGUGGGAGCCGCGGGGCAAGGGCCCGUUCCGCGUGGGGCUGUACAGCGGCGAGGUGAGCACGGCGCGGGCGCUGGAGGAGGCGGACGGCCCGCGGCAGAGGCUGCUGAUCGUGGUGCGGGACCACGGGGAGCCGUCGCGCUCGGCCACGGCCACGCUGAGCGUGUCGCUGGUGGAGGGCGCCGAGGCGGCGCUGUCGGCGGCGGCGGCGGCGGCGGGGGCGUCGUCGUCGGGGGCGGGUGUGCGGCCGGCGGCGGGCGCGGAGGGCGGCGCGGCGGCGGCGACGAACGUGUGGCUGGUGGUGGCCAUCUGCGCGGUGUCGAGCCUGUUCCUGCUGGCGGUGGUGCUGUACGGGGCGUCGCGCUGGGCGCCGCGGGCGGCCGUGCUGGCGGGGCCCGGGCCGGCCACGCUGGUGUGCGCCAGCGAGGUGGGCAGCUGGUCGUACUCGCAGCGCCAGAGCCGGAGCCUGUGCGUGGCGGACGGCGCGGGCAAGAGCGACCUGAUGGUUUUCAGCCCCAACUGCCCGCCGCCGCCCGGCCCCGCGGCAGAAAACGCUUCUGCCGAGAAGGGACCUUCGCUCUCCCCAUACUCUUCGGGCACGGUAGGUUGCCCCUUGUUUUUUUUAUUUUUUUUCUUUACCAGUUCUUGUGUUUUGUUUUCCCAUGAUAUUUCAUGGCACGUAGGUCAUUGAAACGAUGUGCUUGUGGAAGUAAUUUUAUAAGGAUUUUCAUCAAAACAUGGUCUCUGCCAAUCCUGUUGGUUCCUGGUGUGUAACAUUUCUGAAUGUUACUGUUUCUGAAGAAGGACAGCAGUCCAGGAAGAGUUGGUCUGGUUGUGACUGUGCAGCAGGCACUAUUGAAAGCCCUUUAAGUAGCUGACUGCUGGGCCUACUGUUGUUACGUUGUUUUCUUCAGGGCCAUUCAGGAAACACCUUGUGUAGCUGGAAAAGCAGAACAGUCUUGGCCUCAUGUUUUCGGAUAAGUGAUGCUGUGAAGUCCUGUAUCCGUGCAGGAUGCUGCAAAGCUAUUGUACCAUCUGACACUGAUGCCAUGAUGUUUGUGUCUCACUCCUUCAUCAACAGGGUUGUCAUCCCUCAGAAAGAAGUCAAUACCCAUUGAUGUUAGCUGUCAUUAUAUCUCUGUUUGAAAGAGGCACACUGGCCAGUUUGGUGUUCUUCCAGUGAAUCUGCAAGAUGGUCCCUGUGCAUAUGGGACCAUUGGCAGGGUUUUGCAGGUUUCAGAUCUGUCAUUGCUGGGAAGGGUGUGUGAAAGUUGGAGUGAGCAUUGUGUUGGGAAGGGAAAGUGUGUCACCUGGCGGAGGUGAAUGUGGCAGUGGCACUGAAUGGGACCUGGUCUUAUUCUGAAGUGAACCGUGACCAUUGGGGGGAAGUCCCACUGCCUAAGGAAAAGGAAAUCAAUAGUUUGCAUUGCAUGCCUUACGAGUAGAAGAAGAGGUGUCUACUUGUGUUGAAAACACACAUUCGAGAAUGGGGGAUCAAGGGUGCCUAAAGUGAAUGUUGAGGCAAAGUGGUCUCAGAGUGUUCCUGGGUAGGGCCAUUUGCCAGGCUCCAAGAGACACGAUUUGAAGGUCUUGCAUAUGUUGAGAAUUGUAUGUGGUAUUGAAAUGUCCAGAAUAUCAUUUGAGGUAUAUUCCUUGUGAGAAUUUUCACUGCAUCAAUUUUGAAUCCCUCUCUCUCCUCUGGGUUGUGUUGAGCAAGAUGGUAAAAAAUCACUCAUUGCAGAGAAGUGGACUAGGAAGUGGAGUGGGUGAUUUCCCUGGAAAAAGGGAUUUGUCAUCAUUGGAUGGAGGGCUGAAGUUGAGUUAGAUGAUGUUGCAGAGGGCCUUGUCUUGUGCAAUUGAAAAUAUAUCAGAGGAAGUGAGUUUGACUCCUUCCCUUUCCUGCUGUUGCUUAGCUUCUGUGUAGAGCUGCAGUUGCUCGGGAUCACUAUGCCUCUGUUCUCAGCAAGGCAUGCCGGUUUCCCCUGUCUUUUCCCAUGCUCCUUGAAGAUAGAUAAACUUUUCCACUCUGUUUACUGCCAGAAAGUCAUUGUUAAAGUGGAAGAUGCAGCAAAAAUCAUAUAAUAUUUAUCCCAUUUUGAGCAUGCUAUUUGUGUAGUUUGCAAUAGAGAGGUAGAAGAGCAGAGCAGGAGGACAGGGCAAUAAACAGAGCAACAGAGAACUGUUUUUUUGCAUCCGGCAAAGUGUUUUGUUUGAGGACAGCUUUAGAGGAUCUGACUGUGCCAGUUAUAUGCAUUCUGUGGUGACCGGCCUGUCCUGUGUCCUGGGAGUGCUGGUAAAUGUGAUAGGAUGUUUUCCUUGUGCCCAGCUCAUGCUCAUUGCAGCUGGGUGCAGUUGGUGGGUUGUCUGAUGCUCAUGAGACAGCGGUGUUGGAGUCUUCCUACUUUUCACACAAGUCUUGUAAUGGAAUGGGAGAUGGGAGAACGCUUUUGGUGUUCUACUCAUUCUACUUCCACUGCAUUGCUGUUCCUUUUUAUGGAAUUGUUGUGUGUAGUCCCCUUACGAUGUUUUUUUUUUAACUGUUGCAAAUAUGUUGAUCCCAUCAGUUCCUGGUUUGGAACUUCUUAUGGAGGCUAGCUGUUCAGUGUUUGAUAUUUAUUUAUUUAUUUAUUUUCUGAUAGAAUAAAAACAUUGCCGAUCAUGCUUAGUGCUUUCUCAACAUGGGCUCCCGAAAUCCUGUUUCUUACUGGUGUGCAGCAUUUCCACCUGAGAUUGCUGAAGCAGUGGAUGAUAUGAAAAGUAGAGGUGGUCCUGUAGGCAUUAUUCUUUCUCAUUCAGUUCAUACUUGAAACCUUUUGACUUAAAAUGAUUUUAAUGUUUGUUUGUUUGUUAUUUGGUGGGUGGGGUGGUAAUUCCCUAAUGAUGUUUUUUGAAGCUUUCUAUCUGUGCUGGCGUGAAUCUAAGAGCUCCUCAGCUCCUGGUUUGGAAAUACUCUCCUGGAGAUCUGAUUUCCCAGGGUGCAGGACAGAAUAUGCCAUUAGACGACAUGGAGAAGAGCACAUGGCACACUGUGCUCCUCAGCAAGGCACCUCUCCGAAUUCCCAGAAAUUCAUCUGUGAUCUCUUUCUGAGGAUGAGAGGCAGCAUGUUAUUCAUGCUGCCACACAACUGACUUGGUCUUGUGUGUUUGGAGGCUUUGCCUGAUGUUUUCUCUGAGGAUCCCCUUCUUGCAUAUGGAUGAAGCUCGAGUAAGCUGAGAGCAUGUCAGUGUGGUUUAUGUAGGAUGGGACCUGGGGGGUCUCAAAGGAAGCAAAUGGGGAUGUCAAGGCCAUGUGUGAAGAAUGAUGAGCUUCCUGAGGGCCCUGUGCAGUCAAGUUCUGCAUGUCCUCACUCCCCGUUGUUCUUGUGGCAUUCCUGCUUGUGAAGACAUCUGCCAUAGGUGCCUUUAACCAUGUCUGCCCGAAUGUGGAGUAUUGUUGCUCAGGCAGGAGCUUUUCCCACUACUGACAAUUCUUCUCGAGUUGUCGGAAGUUCCCCAAGAUAUUCCCUCUGCUCGUAUUUUUGGGAGGGACAGGAAGAAGUGCUGUUUGUAUUCUCAGUGUUGUCCAGACCUUGUGGUCCAAUGAAGUGGGAUGGGAUCCUUUGGUUUUCUUCUCUCCUGUAACGAAAAUGUCCCACUCACCACUCUGCUGUUUUUCUUCUCUCAUAUUGGAAAUCUGUUGGUAAUAGUGGAUGAGAUGUAGUCUGCUGAGUUGAGGCUGCUGCCAGAGAAGAGACACUUGGACAGUUGGCUGUGAGUGUGGGUGCUGGCUUCUGCACUGUUGAGAGUGGAGGUUGUCGUUGAGAGAAUGUCAUUGGCUUUCAGGUCUGCCUCUUGCUUCCCAUGUGAUAGGAUCUUAAGGCACGUCAUGUUGAAGAUGGCACAUGGAUGUCCGUGGUUUCCUUGCUGAGAGCGGGAAUGACACUGCAGUUAGAUGAGGCUGGUGAGGGCCUCAUCCUGUGAAGGUCUGUCUGCCUCCAAGGAAGGCAUUUUGGGUCAAUUCCUGGCCUGAUGUUCCAGGGCCUCCCCAGUCUCUACAUAGAGUUUUGUUUUUGUAUGCCCACUUGGUUUUCCUUCAUCUCACUGUUCUGUACCAUAGGCCUGGUUUUUCAGCAGUCUGUCAGAUGGCCUUUGACUCCUGUGUUCCUGAGCAUGAGGAGUGGCUGCUCCAGCAGAAGCUGUGUAAAUGUCCAUCAGGCCAGCUUUCACCAUUUUCAUCAGAGAUUGCUGAGCCAGUGCAAAGGCUUGAGAUUGCCGUUUGCGCAGGGUGGAAGAUCCUGGCAGUGGUGAGAGAAGGUGAGGCUGUGCAGAAGGUGAUGCUCAGAGGUGGGUUUGGAGCUGUACUGUGUCUGUGGGCUGGAGCAUCGUCCAGGUGUUGUGGCAGAGAUUUUGUGAACUCCUUUUUGAGAAGGAGUGAUCAUUUGGCAAUGGGCAGGAUGGUGUUGAGUAGGAAAAUAAGCGUGUUUGUGGGAAAUGGUGAUGCUGGAUGGAAGCUGCAGUGUGGCCUUUGCCAAGAAGUGGGGAGGAGUGGAAGAAGUGCUCUCCAUGUUUAUGCUGUUGGCAAAUCUUGUGUUUCAAUUAGCUUGAAUGGGAUACUUUUUAAUUUAUUUAUUUAUUUAUUUAUUUAUUUGCUUAUUUAUUUAUUUUUACUCUCCUGUAUGAUGGUUUCCUGUGUGACAGCCAUGUGUCAGGGAGGUACAUCACAGUUUCCCACAACUGGGGAGCUUUUGCUAAGCUUGAUGAUUUCUCUUGAGUCUAGCUUCCCUAGAAAUCACUGAAGAUUUGAAAUGAAAAUUUCUCUUUGAAACCAAUUAUCCAUCCAUGAAUCUGUUACUUUUUCUGAGCAUGCAAUCGCAUGCAACUGCUGAUGGUGCUGGUAAGUUGUUCAUAUGCAAAAAUUAUGUUUGGGAGACAGACAGGUGUCUAUUUUUUUGCAGUUUAGUUGUGUUCCCUUUAUGUUGGAUGGACUGAACAUUGCCUGGGGAAUGCCUGUAGGUUUGGAGCCUUGUGGUGUGCAUGUUGGUACCAAUGGGUUUCUCCCACUGGGAAGGAUCCCUUCCCAUGGUGUCUGUGUGGAGUGAGAAAUAGAGGAAAUUUCUAAGGAGACGUGAUGGGGUGGGUGUAUUCGUUGUGCACUUGACUUCCCCUCAGUCUUUGUACUUGCAUAGUUGGCCCCAGUGGAGAUGGUGCAUCUCUUGUAAUACGUCUCAUUCCAAAAAGUGAACAUGUGUAGGGGAGCAAUUUGUGGUGUCGAAUGAUUUCAUAGGUGUCCCACAUCUGAAGUAAAGUUUUUCCAUCCAGCUUCCCGGGGAAUCUGGAAUAACGUUUGAUGAAAUUGUUGUUUAUAAGCAAUUCUCCUGUCAUGGAAGAUCUUUUCCUAAAUAAAGGUAAGUGGCUCCUGCCCAAAUAAGAUGUGUUCAAGAAAGCAAUGCACAAUUUUUGCUAUUUAACUGCAAUAUGUUCAUGUUGGGUGGAUGGAACAUAUCCUGGGUAAUGGCUGUAGUUUUAGAGCAGCAGAGCCCUGCUGCCUGAUCUUGUUCCUUUCCUGUUGCUUCCCAUCACAGCGUGAGCAGGUGGCAGGACAGCCAUGAAAGGUUGCAGUUUGUGAAAGUGAGUGAAAGACUCACCUGAGCUGUAUGGAGGUCUUGGUGCCUGUUUGCAGUGGGCAUCCAGGUCCUCUGGUGUGCAGUGGCUCAUGAGAGAAAUUCCUGCGGAGACAUGAUCCUGCUGAGUGCUAAGGAUGGUGUACAGAGCAGAAUGGAAGGCGGUGAGGAAGAGGAAGAAGAGGUGUUGCUUCAGAGCAUGUCUGAGUUUGAUUGGAAGAGUGAUGCAGGCAUUUGGAAAGCAUUUUGAGAAUGGAAGAAAAAAAAAAA